AUGUGUCUGCUGGUGUCAGUCUUGUUGCUGGCAGCAUCCGUAGAACCCACCACUUGGGACGGCAUCACGCCCUGGUUUUCAGAUUCCAGCUGCGAGUGCAACGGUUUCUCGCGGCGGUGCUUCUUCGACGCGGCGCUGGAGCGCGCCACGGGCAGGGCGGCGCACUGCCUCGACUGCCGGGGCGACCGCGAGGGUCCCGCCUGCGAGCGCUGCCGGCACGGCUUCUGGGCCCCGGGACCGCGCGCCGCCUGCAGGCCCUGCCUCUGCCACCCGCUGGGGUCAAAGAGUCAGCAGUGCAAUAGUCAGGGACAGUGUAUAUGCAAGCCUGGAGUAACUGGUAACAAAUGUGAUAAAUGCAAAGACAAUUAUUAUGGCCUCUCAAAUGAAGGAUGCAAGCCAUGCAUUUGUAAUGAAGCUGGGAGUGUUGCUAAUAAGUCUACAUGUGACCCAGUCACAGGUUUGUGUAACUGCAAAGAAAAUGUUGAGGGAGAUAAAUGUCACAGGUGUAAAUAUGGAUAUUUCAAUCUUGACAAAAAGAAUAUAUUUGGCUGCACACCUUGUUUUUGUCAUGGUCAUUCAAUGGACUGUGAAAGUGCUGAAGGAUAUUCAAAAUCAGUCAUCAAAAGCACUUUUGAAUAUGAUGCAGAAGGCUGGAAAGCAGAGGAUCAUGAUGGGUUUCCUGUAAAGAUAAAAUAUGAUGCAGACAUCCAAGCUAUAGGAAUAAAUGCUUUACAGGGUGAACCUGUAACAUUCAUAGCCCCAGGUAUCAAGCACAUAUUUCUUUGCUCGCUGUUUGAUCUCCAAAAUGUGAAUGGUACAUACUACAAGCCACCUUAG